UACUUAUUACAUGAAGUAUAUAUUUUCCGCAUUAAAAAAUAAAUGUUCACUACGUUUUAUAUAACAAAAUAUGUUGUGUACUAUAAUAUUGUGAUAGUGCCAAUUAUUUAGAAAAUACAUUGAAGAUUCUUUGGCUAGUUACUUAUCGGACGCCUCUACUGUAAUCGUGGAAAACGGCGAGGAAAUUAUCAACGUAAACAACAUGCAAGUCCCAAACGGAAUAAGCCAUCAAAAAUGGUUAAAUGGUCCAGAUCAAUUCAUCCCAGCCGACAGUUACACAUGCUGCACUCCCGGAGGUCACGUUAAAAUUCGUAUGGGUUCUCGUGGUGUUGCCGCGGAACCUCCUAUAUCGGUGCCGGGCCUCCUCAGCAGAACAGCCGCCCGGUACCCUGAUGAUAUCGCAUUUGCCACAAAGAAGUCCGAUGGAAGGUGGCACAAAACGACUUACAAACAGUAUCAGGAACGCGUCCGCACGUGUGCAAAGGGUUUUUUGAAAGUAGGCCUUGAGCGAUAUCACUCCGUGUGUAUAUUAGGUUUUAACUCAGAACAGUGGUACACUGCUGAUCUAGCUGCGAUACAUGCUGGAGGAUAUGCUGCUGGUAUUUACACAACAAAUUCUGCGGAGGCUUGCUACUACUGCUUAGAGUCGUCCAGAGCCAAUAUCUGCGUCGUACAGGAUAAGAAACAGCUGGACAAAAUACUGUCGGUGCAAAGUCGGCUCAAGCAUCUGAAAGCUAUUGUACAGUGGGAGGGAGUCGUGAACACAUCCAUACCUGGAGUUUACAGUUGGGAUCAAAUAAUGGCAAUGGGCGCAAAGGAGCCGGACACACAACUCAACAACAUCCUAAAAUCCAUCGCUGUCAAUGAAUGCUGCACGCUAGUCUAUACGUCUGGUACAGUUGGACCACCGAAGGCCGUGAUGUUAUCGCACGACAACCUCACAUGGGACGCGUAUUCCAUCAGCGAGAGAGUUGGAGACCUGCGACCGACCGUCGACGUUCUCAUCUCCUACCUACCGCUUAGUCAUGUGGCUGCUCAGGUGGUGGACAUUUACACAACUCUUAAUAACGCUAUCGCGGUUUACUUUGCUCAGCCCGAUGCGUUGAAAGGCAGCCUGAUUGAUACCUUAAAGGAAGUAAGGCCUACUAGGUUCUUGGCGGUGCCUCGAGUAUGGGAGAAAAUGUACGAGAAAAUAAUGGCCGUGGGCAAAUCCAGCGGCUCCCUGAAACGAUACAUCGCCACGUGGGCCAAGGACAAAGGCACGGAACAUCAUUGCGCCAGAAUCAAUGGAGCCCUGUCAGCUGGAAUGACAGGUCUACCACUAGACUUCACGCUCAUGGAAAUGAUUAAGUAUUGGCAAUCAGGCACAACGUGCGGCUACAAGAUGGCCAAGUCAAUUGUGUUCAACAAGGUGCGAGUCAACCUCGGCCUCGACCGCUGCACUACGUUCGUCACCGCGGCCGCGCCUCUGUCGCCAGAGAUCAAGAAAUUCUUCCUCUCCCUGGACAUCCCUAUCAUGGAUGCCUUUGGUAUGAGUGAAGCGGCCGGUGCUCACACUCUUAGCAUAUACCCCAAAUUCAAAUUGGAUUGCUCUGGAGAAAUUCUGGACGGUACGGAAACGAAGUUCGGUGGGUCGGCGAGUAUCAACGGGCCUGGAGAGAUUCUAAUGCGAGGUCGCCAUGUUUUCAUGGGCUACCUUAGCGACGAACCGAAGACGAAGGAAGCCCUCGACGACGACGGCUGGUUGCACUCCGGAGACGUCGGCAGAUUAGACAGCAACAACUUGCUUUAUAUCACCGGCAGAAUAAAGGAGCUACUGAUAACCGCUGGAGGAGAAAACAUAGCACCCGUACUGAUCGAACAGACCGUGCAAUCUGAACUUCUGCACGUGGGAUAUGCCGUGCUGAUAGGAGAUCAACGAAAGUUUCUCUCCAUUCUACUCACUCUGAAGGCGAAAGUUGACCCCAGUACUGGCGACGCGCUCGACGAAUUGGAACCAGAGACGAGAAAAUGGGUGGCGAGCCUCGGAAGCAAAGCCACUACAAUCAGUGAAAUUAUCAACAACAAAGAUCCAGCAGUAUACAAGGCAAUAGAAGACGGCAUAGCCCGUGCCAAUAAACAAGCUAUCUCUAACGCGCAAAAGAUACAGAAGUUUGCAAUUUUACCCGAGGACUUUUCUAUGAAUACUGGAGAAUUAGGACCAACACUGAAAAUUAAGAGAAACGUCGUCUACGAGAAAUACAAAAACAUCAUAGAAGGUUUCUACAAAGAGUAGUUUUACUUUUAGUUUGUAUGUACUUAAUUAUAUGGGAAUGGGAGGGAACGAAUAAGUUAAAAAAUAACGUUAUUGCUCAAAUUAGCUGAUAGUAUAAACUUGUUGUGGUUGUAUUAAACGUUAGGAGUUAUUGUGAUAGGACAGGCUUUUUGAAUUAUUGUUUAGUUUAUACAAGCAGAUUAAAUCUGUUUAUUUUUGUAUGAACUUUGAUCUACAUGCUAGUAGCUUUAUGCUGGUUUGGCAUCCUUUCGCUAUUGCGCAGGUGCAUAAUGUCUAAAUCUUGUUUUUAUAAUACUUCUUCUCUGCCUAUCUUAUCUUCUAAACUAACAUGAAAGUUGUAAUAAUCAAGUUCCGAUUACCGUACUUAAUGGGUUCGAUCAAUUUUAGUUAUAGAGGUAUCGGAAUAAUCUAGGAAAAAUACAAGAAAAAACUGUUUAAAAAAUGAUUUUAAAUUAUAAGGAAGAUCAAAGUGUGCUUUUCCGCUCGAAGUUUUUGUGAGAAUGGGGUGUGAUUGUAAUGUCGAUAGAGCAUCGUCGUAUUUCUUGCUCUUGUGCUCUUUAAAUGCUUUAAAACAAAUAAAUUAUUAUUAUUAUAUAUUUUUAUUUUUCGCGAAUUAGAAAAACCGCGGGCCGUUCACUAAAACCGAUGCUAAACUAGCUAAAAAUGUGCAAA